AUGAGUCGACCCCCGCCCAGAGGCCGGGCUCCUUCGCCUGUGGGCCUGGACCCGGCUCUCGACAGGCCACCCAAGCCCACGCUGAAGACCGACUUGGUCAUCAACGUUGAUCUGCCGUACACUGCGUACAAGAUCAACAGCCCGACUGGCGAAUUCGGUCUGCUUCCUGCGCUGCGCCGCCCGGGUUACAACACUACGGGUAAGGAAGUUGACAUUCUUGUCAACGCUUACCCGAUCUUGAAAUGGCCAACCAAACCCGUGUACCAGUACGAGGUGAACGUGGUUCAGGGACGUAUCCUGGCAGAUGAUCGGCGUGUGCACCGCAAGGUCUGGCACAGCAAUGAGAGAAAGGCUAAGCUGCCCGAUGCAAUCUUUGACGGGUUCAAAAUUGCCUGGUCCCUCACCGACUAUAAGGAUUUCAAUGAGGUUAUCCUUGACAUCAAGGGUGGCGUUACUCGUCCGCUGGAAACACAGCAUGACGAAGGCUUCGCGCCUGAGUCCUUCCGCUUGUCGCUCCGCCGCAACAGGAAGAUCGACCUGAGUGUGAUCAACGCUUGGCUCGAGGGGAAACAUGAUACGGAUGAACAUGUACUCGAAGCAUUCAAUUUCCUGGACCACCUGUUGCGUUCGUGGCCGAACGACAGGUUUGUGGGAAUAAAACGCUCAUACUUCUUUGACAAGCUGAGCGAGGAAGAUGAGAAUCGCUUUACCAUGGAUCUUUGCAAUAUGGGCUGCUCCGUUAUGCGGGGCAUCUACCAGGCUAUUCGACCGUCUCCGAAAGGGCUUAUGCUCAAUGUCGAUGUCUCUCAUGCGGUUUUCUUUUCCCGCAUUUCUCUCAUGGGAAUUAUGCGAGGCCUCUACGAACUGCGUGACCCCCAGCAGCUAAUGGCACUUCUCAAGCCCAUUGCUGAUGGCUACGGCGGGAUCAAAGAGUCACCCAGUUUCAUUGCAAUCAACAAGCGGAUCAAGGGCCUUAGGGUUAUGCCCAACUACGAUGGCUGCCCUUUCAAGGAGAAGGGAUUCAUGAUCGACAACAUGAUGAACGCGAAUCCCCGGGAGUAUCUUCUCGACAUCCAGGACAGGGCGACUGGCGAGGUGGAGCGCAUCAGCGUGGAGAAGUACUUCUUGAAGAAGUACAAUGUCUAUCUUCGCUAUCCAAUGAUGCCUCUCAUCAAGAUGACGAAAAAGAACUGCAUCUACCCUGCAGAGUUUCUCGUCAUCAAGGGCCUGCAGAGGUACCGGUACAAAUUGAAUGAAGACCAGACGGCGCAAAUGAUCAAGUUCUGUGCCACCAAACCUUCGAAGCGGCUGGCUGACAUCCGCGAAUGUAAGAGCCUGCUUCAGCAUGACAAUGACCCGGUGCUGCGAAUGUAUGAUAUGAAAAUUGGCACAAGCAUGCUCAAGGUAAAGGCGCGAAUCCUCCCCAACCCCGAACUUCGCUUUGGUGCAAAUGGGAAGCAUAACCCAGGCACCAGCGGCCGCUGGGACCUUCGAGGCAAAAAGUUCUACACGCCCAAUUCGCAGCCACUGAAAAGUUGGGGUGUUGGCUUCUUCACGGGAAAGCGAAAUGCCAUCAACACUGACCAGACUCUCCGCUUCAUUGACAACCUCAUGAAGAUUUACGCCGGCCACGGUGGUCAGAUUGUUACACGCCCUCAGGUCGCGGAACUCAACGAGGAUAUUGGCCACGCCAUCAAAAAGCUCUAUGAUCAAACGCAGAUGAAGUUCAAGCAGCUUCCCCAGCUUCUGGUUAUUAUUGUCCCCAACAAGGACUCUUUUGUGUAUCUGCGCAUCAAGAAGUCUUGCGACUGCCGAUUCGGCGUGCCAUCCCAGGUCCUUCAGGCUGGGCACUGCAUAAACAACCGCCCCCAGUACAUCAGCAACGUUCUGAUGAAGGUCAACGCGAAGCUCGGUGGGACGACAGCGCGGGCCCAGUCUCGCCUUCAAGACACGACCUUGCGCCCGCAUUCGAUGAUUGUUGGGGCAGAUGUUACUCACCCUAUGAUUGGUGUCUGGACCCCUUCUCUGGCAGCCAUGACUGUCUCGGCGGACCAGUUUGGCUCUCGCUACAUGGGUGCUUGUGAGUGCAAUGGAGACCGCGUGGAAAUCAUUCACGAGGGGAACGUCACCUUCCUUCUGGAACCGCUGAUCCGUGAGUGGGUUACUACCGUCGGACAGGGCCGUCCUCCCAAGAAUAUCUAUUACUUCCGCGAUGGCGUUUCGCAGUCUGAGUUCUCCAAGGUGCUGGAAGAGGCAAAGCACAUCAAGCUGGUUAUUGCGAAAGUCUGCAACACUACUUUAUUUGAGGGCAAGAUGACCGUGGUGAUCGCCAACAAGCGUCACCACCUGCGCGCGUUCCCCAACCCUAGUGACCAGAGUUCCGCUGACCGGAAUGGCAACCCUUUGCCCGGAACAUUGAUCGAGCGUGAUGUGACCAGUCCCCAUGACUGGGACUUCCUCUUGUACGCUCACAUUGCUCUGCAGGGGACUUCACGCCCCGUCCACUAUCAUGUCAUCCUGGACGAGAUGAAGCACAAGCCUCACGAACUGGAAAACAUGAUUUACGACCAUUCUUACCAGUACAUCCGGUCUACCACCUCCGUGUCGAUUCAUCCUGCGGUCUACUACGCACACCUUAUUGCCGCCCGUGCUCGUCAUCAUGAGGAUGUUCCUGCCAGCUCCGGCCCUCAGAGUGGCCCAACUGUGAAAAUGACCAACCCCAAGCCCAGAGAUCGUCCCGCGACCCCCAAGCUCCUCCCCAUUCAGGGUAGUGACAAUCGUCUGGCUCUGCGGAUGUGGUACAUUUGA